GACAUAUGUACAAACUUGGAAAAAAGCAAGUACUGAUAGGAAUAGAAUUGUUUAAAGUUUUGGUGCCAAUUAUAGGCAGAGCAUUAAAAGAAUGCUGGGGCGUCAAAUCCCCCUACAAUAUCGCAAUUGUCACCGCCAAAGGACUAGAAAUUCUUCCCCCAAUUUUCUUUAAAUAGGAGAAGAUCUGGCCUCAUUAAUUCACUUGCAUGGAUAACCCCAGCCUGCAACUGCGUGAUUUGCUUUCAUAAAUCCAAGUACUUCUUCUUGAGAUUGAGCGGCGGAAGCGGACUUUCCUUUAUAAAAAACACGGCCGCGCUUCGGUUCGAGUCUCGUGAGUUCCUUUUUCAUGCUCACACUCUCUGUGAGAGUUAAGAAAGCUUCUGGUGCAUGUGAGCGAGGGAAAUUUUACAUGCAACAUAUUUGAGGCAGUUAAGGACUUGGAAGAAUGGAGGGAGGGGCUGGCGCAGCUAGUGCGGCGGAAUUUUCAACAUGCUGGUCGUUAAUUACGCAGAAUCCUUAUAUUCUGCAGCUGGCAAUCUCUGCUGGUGUUGGGGGGCUUCUCUUCGGAUACGACACAGGAGUCAUAUCUGGUGCUGCUCUCUACAUUCGAGAUGAUUUUGAAGCUGUAGGCAAGAGCACAUUCUUGCAGGAGACUAUAGUGAGUGUGACAAUUGCAGCAGCUAUUAUCGGAUCGGCAGUAGGAGGGUUUGUCAAUGAUAGAUUUGGGCGAAAGAUAGCAAUAAUUAUUGCAGAUAUUGUGUUUGCAGUAGGAGCAGUUGUAAUGGCCGUAGCACCCAAUCCCUGGGUUUUGAUAAUUGGGCGAGUACUUGUGGGUCUAGGGGUUGGAACAGCCUCUGUCAGUGUUCCUUUAUAUAUUUCAGAGUCCUCUCCUGCCAAGAUCAGAGGAGCUUUGGUUAGCACCAAUGGCCUUAUGAUCACGGGAGGCCAGUUUCUGUCCUAUCUCAUCAAUUUAGCUUUCACAAGGGUUCCAGGAACAUGGCGUUGGAUGCUUGGGGUUGCAGGAGUACCUGCUGUGAUUCAGCUGGUUUUAGUCUUUUUUUUGCCCGAAUCCCCUCGCUGGCUAUAUAGAAAUAACAGAGUUGAGGAGUCUGUGGCGAUCCUUGAAAGGCUUUAUCCGAAAGAAGAGGUGCCAAACCAGAUUGCAGCGAUGAGAGAAGCCAUUGAAUUAGAGGAACAAGAUGAAAACAAAUCUACAUUUCAAAAAUUUGUGUAUUUGUUAACAUCUCCAGAACUUAGGCCAGCUUUGGUUGCAGGAGUUGGACUUUCGGUUCUGCAACAACUUGUGGGUAUCAACACUGUUAUGUAUUACAGCCCAACAAUAGUCCAACUAGCUGGAUUUGCUUCCAAUACAGUGGCUCUGUUAUUAUCACUUAUUACAUCUGGAUUGAAUGCACUGGGUUCUGUAUUGGGAAUGUACCUGAUUGACAGAACAGGAAGGAGGUUGCUUGCCAUUAUCAGUUUGUCCGGUGUUAUUGUGUCACUCGCACUGCUCGCUCCAGUAUUCCACUAUGCAGCGCUUCAAUCUCCUGAAGUGAGCAUGGUACAGAACUACGGAAACCAGAGUGGCUUGGUUUGUCCAGCGUAUGCCCAUUCAAAUAAUGUUCUACCAUGGCAUUGUACUAAAUGUAUUAACGUGGGCUGUGGAUUUUGUGAAGGACAAAAGUCAUUACAGGGUCACAAAAUGCUUGGAACUUGUCUUGUGAAGAACAAGACUUCAGAACAUAUGUGUGAUAACCUUCACCAUUCCCAGAGUUCAUGGUUCACUCUUGGCUGUCCCAACAAGCUUGGGUGGCUUGCCAUAUUGGGAUUGGCAUUAUAUAUUUGCUUCUUUGCACCAGGCAUGGGGAUUGUUCCUUGGGCAGUCAAUUCAGAGAUAUAUCCUCUGACUUACAGGGGAAUUGGAGGAGGGUUUGCAGCCACCUGUCUAUGGAUUGCAAACCUGAUUGUUUCAGAAACCUUCUUGUCACUUACCAAAGCCAUUGGUCCUGAUAUGUCAUUCUUGCUAUUUAUGUUUAUUGCUCUUUUCACCCUGGCAUAUGUCAUUGUUUAUGUACCUGAAACCAAGGGCAUGUCAUUGGAAAAGCUUGAGAAAAUGUUACAUGAUAUGCAUAUGGAAAAGAAGCAUGGAAGUAAAUGGAGUUCCUUCACAUACAUAAUGAAGGGGAAGUAUCUUCAUUUGAAUGAAAAGAAUGAUGAAAAGAAAGCCCAUGGAGAUUCUCACGCUUGACUCAAGAAGUCCUCCAGUUUCUCAUAAACUUGAUCUCUCAUAUGAUUGUGCAGCUGGUUUUGUAAGGAAAUUCUCAUUGACGUGAUACUUUAGAUAUUGGUUUUCACUGUGAAAACUAUCAUGUAUAUAAACAUCGUGCUUAUUUAUAUAAAUUUUAUUAAUAGAGUGAGACUUUAUUUGUGGUAAAA